AAUAUAGAAAUUUGAAUCUAUGACAUUCAUAGUUGCCUUUAAAGAAGUGAAACAAUCUAUAGAUGGAUAUGAUUUUAUAGCUACUUUCUAUUUUGCGUUGUUAACAAACAAGUACAUAUGUGUGUAUUUAAAUAAGCCGUUUAUGAUGGUAUGCACGUUGCUGAUACAUUUGUAUUGUAUUGUAUCAUUAUAAUAUAUACAUAGCUUUGACUAUUUUGAGCUAUGUUAGUGGGAGGCAGUUUUGUUGGUUACUACUCUUUUAACUUUGCAAGUCAAACAGAUCCAUGUUGUCUAAAUCCUCAAAAGCCACAUCUUAAUUUCAGUGUUGAUUCAUACUUUAUAUCAUUUCUCUCUCACUUUUUCCUUUACUUUGGUUUCAUUGGAAGAAGUUCAUGACACGUUUUUGUUGAAUAGUUGACUCAUUAGAGUUUGCUUUUCUUCAUUACAUUGUUGCAACAAUGCAUUAUGUGUGAGGGCAUUUCAACAAUACUUCAUUUUAAGAAUUCAUGGAACUCAAAAAUGAGAAACUAGCCAGGUUCUCCAAUGAUGGAAAGCUUAAUCUUGAGAAGCCAAUGCAAGUUUAUAAGAUUCCGAAAGUUUUUGUUCCGGAUGGCAAAAUUAGUAUUGGUGAUACCGAUAAUGAUAAGAGUAGAAUGAAUAAUAACAAGUAUCCAAGAAAUCAUGAACAAUGGAAGAAGAGAAUUCUUGAUCCAGGAAGUGAUAUAUUUCUGGAAUGGAAAAGGGCUUUCUUAUUUUCUUCCAUACUAUCACUUUUUGUUGAUCCAUUGUUUUUCUACCUUCCCUCAGUAGCAAUAGCAACUGAUAAGAGUUCAUCAUGCAUGGUUACUGAUUUGAAUUUAGGAAUUGUUGUUACAUGUUUUCGGACAUUUGCCGAUGUUUUCUAUUUGCUCAACAUGAUCAUAAAGUUUAGGACAGCCUUUGUGUCACCAAGUUCUAGGGUUUUUGGGAGAGGUGAACUUGUCAUGGAUCCAAGGUUGAUUGCGAAACGGUAUUUGAGAUCUGAGUUUUUCUUAGAUCUUUUUGCUGCACUGCCUCUUCCUCAGAUUGUGAUUUGGUUUAUAAUGCCAGCAAUUAGAAGCUCCCAUGCUGAUCAUACCAACAAUGCUCUUGUACUGAUUGUUCUGAUUCAAUAUGUCCCUAGAUUGUAUAUGAUUUUCCCAUUAAGUUCUCAGAUUGUUAAAGCUACCGGUGUUGUCACAAAGACGGCUUGGGCAGGAGCUGCUUACAAUCUUUUACUUUACUUGUUAGCUAGUCAUGUGUUGGGGGCAUCAUGGUAUUUGUUAUCAAUUGAAAGGCAUGCUACUUGCUGGAAAUCUGAAUGUAGAAAUGAAAACUUACCUGUGAAAUGUGUUCUUAGCUACUUGGAUUGCAGUACUAUAAACGAUGUUGAUCGCGCGAAGUGGGCGAAUACUACUUCUGUGUUUGGUAACUGCAAUCCUGAAAGUAGUGCUUUCAAGUAUGGAAUUUUUGGAAUUGCAGUGGAAAAUAAUGUUGUCUCUUCUGUGUUUAUAGAGAAGUACCUCUAUUGUUUGUGGUGGGGAUUGCAGAAUUUGAGUUCCUAUGGUCAGGGUUUGACUACAAGUACGUUUGUUUGGGAAACUGCAUUUGCGAUACUUAUAUCUAUCGUAGGUCUAGUUUUGUUUGCUCACUUAAUCGGUAACAUGCAGACAUAUUUGCAAUCUAUUACUGUGAGACUUGAAGAGUGGAGGCUCAAGCGACGUGACACAGAAGAGUGGAUGAAACAUCGCCAACUCCCACAAUUUCUUAGAGAGCGUGUCCGGAGAUUUGUUCAGUACAAAUGGCUUGCAACUCGAGGUGUUGAUGAAGAAACAAUCCUAAGAGGCCUCCCUACAGACCUUCGUAGAGAUAUCCAACGCCAUCUUUGCUUAGACCUUGUUCGACGUGUUCCCUUUUUCUCACAAAUGGAUGAUCAACUACUUGACGCAAUAUGUGAGCGGUUGGUAUCAUCCUUGAGCACUCAAGGCACGUACAUUGUCAGAGAAGGAGAUCCAGUUACCGAGAUGCUUUUUAUCAUCAGAGGGAGACUUGAAAGUUCAACCACAAAUGGUGGAAGAACUGGUUUCUUUAACUCUAUAACCUUGAGGCCUGGUGAUUUCUGCGGAGAAGAGUUACUUGCUUGGGCAUUGCUUCCAAAAUCUACUCUCAACUUGCCUUCUUCUACAAGAACAGUUAAAGCACUUGUUGAAGUUGAAGCCUUUGAACUCAGAGCAGAAGAUCUUAAAUUUGUUGCGAACCAGUUUCGACGUCUCCACAGCAAAAAGUUGCAGCAUACGUUCCGUUUCUACUCUUACCAUUGGAGGACAUGGGCUGCUUGUUUUAUACAGGCUGCUUGGCGCCGGUUCAAAAAGAGAGUAUUGGCAAAUAGCCUUAGCUUGAGGGAAUACAAGUCCUUCAUUAAUGAACAAGUAAGAGAUCAAAUGGAACGUGAGGAAGAAGAACGCGGUUCUGUGACUUCAAACACUGCACAAGUAAAACAGAAUCUCGGUGUCACUAUACUGGCUUCAAGAUUUGCUGCAAACACAAGAAAAGGUGUUCAGAAGAUCAAAGAUGUAGAGAUGCUCAAAUUGCAAAAGCCUGAAGAGCCAGAUUUCUCAGUAGAGCCUGAAGAUGAUUAAGCUCAAUACUGCAAUGCUAUUAUGUUAAGUAACUGAUACAACAACAAAUGCAAGGGCCAACACCUAAGACUUCCAUUCCCAUAUAAUCUUCCAAGAGUUAAAAGUAUUGUUACUCGUUCAAAUAAGAAUUGUCGUAUAUCUAUAACAUGUGUGCAUUGGUUGUUUGUUGGUGGAAAAGCUUUCAGGUUGUCUUUUUGAAUUAUGAUUUCCAUCACAGUUGAUGGCUUCUUACAACGAGUUAUUUUUCUUCGUGAGGUCAACUUGUACAUCUCAUUCACAAAAUUGUUUGUCCUCUUGUAUAUUAAAAUUUCUUGAUACACUAUACCAUUUGUAUAUUACCCUGCAUUAUUAUUAGUAUAUCUAUCCUUUUUGUUCCUGUCUUGAGACA